UCGAUAAGCAACGAGGAACGACUACUGGAACAGCUGGAAAAACGCCUAGCUGAUAGUGAACGUGCCUCGGACGCUGAGGAAUGUUGCGAGCAUCUUGAUAAUCUCGAGAAUCUUCUGGAGAAGAUCAGCUCAUCGUUGGAAGUCGACGAAGAGACGACAUCAAUGGACGAGUCAUUCGUGCGCGAAUCGUACGCGCGACUGAACGAGUCGCGACGACGGCUAGCCGAUGCGACACGCGAACGCAUCGCGGAAUUGUCGCGUGCUGUGGCCGACUGUGAACGAUUUGAGAAACAAAUGGCCGACAUGCAACAAUGGUCGUCACAUGUGUCAUCGCUUCUCGAUCUCAGAAAAUCUGGUGACGUCUCCGCGCUCGACGUACCCGAUGAGUAC